AUGUUGCAGCUCACCUCCUGCAGAGCUGCCUCUCGCACCUUCGCCUCGGUACGCUCCUCGCUCAUCUCCGCUUGGGCGCGCCAACGCAUCCAAAACCCGUGGUCUUCACUGCCCACGCUCGCUGCAGUUGCCAGGAGAGGGUAUGCUGAGCAGUUCUCGCGCAACAAGCCUCACAUGAAUAUCGGAACCAUUGGCCAUGUCGACCACGGUAAAACAACAUUGACUGCUGCUAUUACCAAAGUCCUCUCUGCCCAAGGUGGUGCCAAGUUCACCGACUACAACCAAAUCGACAAGGCGCCUGAGGAGAAGGCUCGUGGUAUCACCAUCAACUCUGCCCACGUCGAGUACGAGACACCCAAUCGCCACUACGGCCAUAUUGACUGUCCCGGACAUGCUGACUACAUCAAGAACAUGAUUACUGGCGCUGCUCAAAUGGAUGGGGCUAUUAUCGUCGUCUCGGCGUCGGAUGGUCAAAUGCCUCAAACUCGCGAACACUUGCUCCUUGCUCGUCAAGUCGGAAUCAAGCGCUUGGUUGUCUUCAUUAACAAGGUUGACCAAAUCUCGGACCCGGAAAUGCUCGAACUCGUGGAUAUGGAAAUGCGCGACCUCUUGUCCACCUACGACUUCGAUGGCGAGAACACACCUAUCAUUAUGGGUUCGGCUUUGGCUGCUCUUGAGGGACGUGACGCGGCUAUUGGCGAAAAGAAGAUUAUUGAACUCACUGAGGCUUGCGACAACUGGCUCGAGCUUCCCCCUCGUGACUUGGAGAAGCCCUUCCUCAUGCCUAUCGAAGACGUUUUCUCCAUCUCUGGCCGUGGAACUGUUGCAACUGGUCGCGUCGAGCGCGGUACUGCCAACAAGGGAACUGAUGUUGAAAUUAUUGGCUUUGGACCCUCUUUGAAGACUACUUUGACUGGCAUUGAGAUGUUCCACAAGGAGCUCGACCGUGCUGAGGCCGGAGAUAACAUGGGUGCACUCCUGCGUGGUAUCAAGCGUGAGCAAAUCCGUCGUGGACAGGUUCUUGCUGCUCCUGGUUCUAUCAAGGCUGCGAAAAAGUUCUUGGCUCAGCUCUACAUUCUCACCAAGGAUGAAGGUGGUCGUUAUACGCCUUUCAUGGAGAACUACAGGCCUCAAUGCUUCAUCCGUACUGCCGACAUUACCGCUGCUCUCACCUUCCCUGAAGGCACUGCUGAUGCUGCUGAGAAGAUGGUUAUGCCUGGCGACAAUGUUGAGAUGGUCUGCUCCCUCGUGUUCGAUGUUGCUCUUGAAGUCGGCACCCGCUUCACUCUCCGUGAGGCAAACAAGACCAUUGGAACUGGCAUUGUGACUAAGAUCCUCGAAUACGCUUAA